AUGACUAGCGAAACAAGCAAUGUCAAGGCCGCCCCAGAGGCAUUGAUUGCCAAGUUCCAAAUUAGCAAGCUGCUCAAGCAAGAUCAAAAUGGCCGUCGCAUUGCUCUGCUAGGAACAAUCGACGACCAACAAGGCAUUUUGACUGCCGAGCGUGCUGCCUUCGCCACUGAGUCUUUGGAUGUCAUUCAAGCAUUCCACGCAGCCAUCACCCGCGUCAAGAACCUCGGUGACAACGAUAUCUACCGCUGGUACCUCGCGUCAUCAAAUGGCAGCACCCAAUCAACCGACAGCCAGCAAGACCUCAAGUUGAAUCUGAUCUGGCCCUGCACCGCAAAGCAUAUCAAGAAAUACUCAGACCAACAGCUCCGCAUGGUCACCGAGACGCCCGAUAUCUACAAGCAGCACGUGCGUCCAUUCAUGCAAGCCAAGCGUGAGGAGGGCCAUUUGAACUGGGUGUUUAACAUCCUCGAGGGUCGCACUGAGCAAGAAGAUGUGAUUAUGCGAGAUGCAGGCCACGGCCCCGAAGAUGCGUUCUUGAUGCUGCCGGAUCUUAACUGGGACCGGAAGACUCUGAACUCGCUGCAUUUGCUGGCGCUGGUGCAUAGACGGGAUAUCUGGAGUCUGAGAGAUCUGCAGAAGAAGCAUAUUCCGUGGUUGAAAUAUCUGCGGCAGCGUGUGUUGGAGGCUACGGUCAAGAUGUACCCGGAAUUGGAGGAGGAUCAACUGAAGCUUUACGUUCACUACCAACCGACAUACUACCAUUUCCACAUCCACGUCGUCAAUGUCAUGUUGGAGGCUGGUGCUACCCAGGCCACCGGCAAGGCCUUUGGAUUGGAGAAUAUCAUCUCACAAUUGGAGACCAUGUCUGGUGGAGACGAAGUGAGCAUGGCAGAUGUUAGCUUGACGUAUUAUCUCGGCGAGGCAAGCGAGUUGUGGACUGAUAUUUACGAGCCACUGAAGAAGGGGCUUCAGCCGGUAGCGCACUGA